AUGGUGAGUGGUCAAAAUACCCCACAGGCUGAACUGACUGCAGACCUCCGAGCCACCGCAAAAGCCCAGGAGGAGAUGAGAAAGGAUAUAGUUCAAAUCAAGAACAUACUAGCAGCUCCAGCUGUAAAGCCCGCUGGGGCCAACAGUCUAUUCUACACUCAAGUUUUGCAGAAACCAUACCUUCUGAGAACACCAAUGCAAACCAGACCCUCAAGCAGACUAUGUGAGAUCCUGAUUAAAAUAGGAAAUACUGCCUCAGGAAAUGAAAUACAGACAGCCUCAGAAGAAACAAUCAAAGAAAAGAUCAAUAAAACACUAGAAAAAAAUCAAGUUCAGGAUCUGAAGGGUGUAAAAACCCUAGCUAUAAAGCAACACUCAAGUAGAGACAUCACACUGUACACAAAUGAUCAGGACACAAUAAGAAAAAUACAGAUAUACAAGAAGAAGUAA